UCGCGCUUCUACACCAGCCAGUUCCGAGUACAACACGCUUUUCCCCAUAGUUUUCGCUCUCGAAUCGUCCCGCGAUAGCUUCGAUAAAACAGUUUUUACCUCUCCUCGUCCAAAAUGCUCGUCGACGACGAUUACGACAUGACGAUCAAGGAUUCGUCGAGCGUCGUGAAAAGCGUAGUCAAUGCCAGCAGCGAGCUCGAGGGCGAGGGCCACGUCGAGAGGAAAAUUCUGGACGUGUGCUACGCCGCUGUCUCGGUGCCCGGUGGUUAUUACGGCAGCGUCUGUAAACGGCUGUGCGUCGCCACCGAGGGCCAAACAGUCAACGGCCAGACGAAGCGACGAGCCGACUCGUACCUGGUGAAGCAGUUGCCGCCCACGAAGAUGGCGCGCCGAGUCUUCAAGCACCCGAUGACCUUCUGCAAGGAGCUGUACUUUUACGAGACGCUGGCGCCGCUCUACCAGAAGUUGGCAAAGAUCGACUUCGCCCCGAGGUACGUGUGGUCGCGUCUGUCGACUCGAAACGGCGACGCCGUGGCGCCGCACAACGACGCCCUGUUGGUCACCCGUUACUUGGAGGACUUCAAGACGAUCGACAGAUACAAGGGCGCGAGCUUCGAGGAGGCGAAAAUCGUCGUCUACACCAUGGCUCUGUUCCACGCCACGGGUAUCGCGAUCAGGCGCAAGAGACCCGACGUCUACCGGCAGAUCCAGGAGAGAUUCGGCUUUCCGAUUCACUCGGAGGACAGCGACCGGGCCAGACGCGAAAACAUCGAAUCAAUGAUCGACGACGCCUUUAGAAACCAAUCCGAGACGAUGUCCCGGAUAAAGCUGGAUCCGCGCACGGCCGAGUGGCUCAAGGAGACGCAGAGAGACUCGCCGCGGCUCGAGUGCUGCUACCCCAGGGCGCAGAGGAGGGACAAGCAGGGGGACGAGCUGUCCUGCCUCUGUCACAACGAUCUGUGGGCCAACAACAUCAUGAUCAGGCAGUCCGAGGUCGUCGACGGCGGCGACAUCGACAUCGACGACGACAAUGUCAGGUUGUUCGAGUCCCUGGAGAUAUCGGCCAAGCCGAGGUACAACGACGCGCGCUUCGUCGACUGGCAGACGUACUACAUAAGCUCGCCCCUGACGGAGCUCGUCUUCUUCGUCUUCGUCACGCUCGAGCUGCCCCUCGCAGCGGAGAAAAUCGACGAGCUGUUGGCCAUUUAUCGCGAGACUCUGCUCUGCGCCGCGCUCAACCACUACGGCAUCGAUCUGAGCUCGCAUCUCGAGGCGGCUCCGUUCAGCGAGCGACUGAGGCGGGACGCUCGCGACGAGCUCUAUCACAUCGUCAAGUUCGUGAAGAUAGCGUCGCUGACGGAGAACGAGGACCCGUUCGAUCACAUCAUGGAUCGGGAGACCCUCGAUCGGUUGCGCUCCAUAUUCAAGGUCUAUCAAGAGAAUAAAUGGCUGCGGGAAGAAUGACAAUGGUUCGACCCGCCCGUGUACAGAAGACGAUAGACUCGUACAUGGUUUUUAUUCAAUUUUGUUUUUCUAUGUGUUGGGUAAUCUUAAUUUUUAUUUUAUUUCGUUAAGUUUGAAAUUCAACGGACUCGAGAUAGUUCAUAUUGUAAAUGUAAAUAGUAUAUAAUCUAUAUCCCGAAUGUUUAUGUAAACACUAAAACAAUU